CUAUUUUACUAGAUUUAACUAUGGGCUAUCAAAGACUGUCUGGCAAUACAAAUCACAAUAAUGUUGAUCAGAAACCAACACAUUUACCACCGGGUCACUAUACACAUGGCCAUAGAUGGAAUGAACCCUACUUUGACUUAACAAUGCCAAAAAACAUAACAUCUUUGGUAGGCAAAUCAGCCUAUUUGGGGUGUAGGGUGAAGCAUUUAGGAAAUAAAACGGUUGCCUGGAUAAGAAAUCGUGAUUUACACAUAUUGACAGUUGGCACAUAUACUUAUACAACAGAUCAACGUUUUCAAACCUCAUAUCAUCGUGAUAUCGAUGAAUGGACAUUGCAAAUAAAAUGGGCACAACAACGUGAUGCCGGUGUCUAUGAGUGCCAAAUAUCGACCCAACCAGUAAGAAGUUUUUCCGUUAACCUAAAUAUUGUGGAUACGCAUGAUUCUGAGCAAUAUGAUACAUUGCAACAGUUUUACAAUGAUGAGUCUUUUGUUAUUUCGAAUGAUCGCAUUUAUCAAUCGGCUGAUGAUGAAUUCGCUGGAAUGUUUGGUCCCAUACAACCUGUUGCUGUGCCAACAGCAACCAUACUGGGCGGUCCCGAUUUGUAUGUUGAUAAAGGAAGUACAAUUAAUCUAACAUGCGUAAUAAAAUUUAGUACCGAACCACCAACUCAUAUAUUUUGGUAUCAUCAAGAUAAGGUUUUAAGUGAGGAGAACUCAGGUGGCCGCCUUAAAUUCAAGACCAUUAAAUCCGAAGAAACAAAAUCAAUUUUACUUAUUGAUGAUGCAUCUCUUUUAGAUUCUGGCAAAUAUUCAUGUUAUCCAUCAAAUACAGAAAUUGCCAGUAUAAGGGUACAUGUGUUACAAGGAGAACGCCCUGAGGCAAUGCAAACAAAUGCAGCUGUAGCAACUAAAGUGCAAACUUCAAACCCUUUUACAGCUAUUACCACAUUUGUGGCAACAUUAGCAUUAUGGUAUGCGCUAGCAACGUUUGUUAAAAAUCUACAAAAUAUCAGCAAUGGCACGAGCAGCAGCAGCAACAAUCUCAUAACAAUAAAAGCUACUACAGCAGCCGGUAGCGAAAAUAAAAGUGGCAGCAAUUUUUACAAUAAUAAGAAAAGUAACAACAAUAAAAUAAACAACGGCAAUAGCAGCAGCAACAUCAACAGCCACAGCAACAAUAAUAAUAAUAAUAGUAAAAGUGGUAAUUGUGCUUCUACGGAUAAUAAUGCAGACUAUGAUGACGACAACGACAUCAGCGAUGACAGCGUCAGCGACGAUAAAGACGAUGAUAAUGGCAAUAAUGCUGAUUUUAUAGCAGCCACAACAGCAACAAUAACUAAAUGUAAAGGAGAUUUUUGUAAAGAAAUAUGCAACAUCAACUUGGUUUAUUGUGCCGAAGAGCAGCAACAGCAACAUCAACCCCAACAACAGCCACACAAUACUAACGUAAAAUAUUUCAAGAGUUUUAAUAUUAUUCUUAAGAAAUGGAAUCAAAGUCAUGCUUUGCGGUGAUUAAAUAAUUAACAAUCUAAAAUUACCAUAAAAAAUGGUAAUUACAAUGUAAUGUUGUUGUAAAUACAAGUAAUUGUAAUACUUACUUUAUUUCUUUUUUUUAUACUUAUAUAUUUAUAUAUUUCUUAAUUUGUGUGCAAUAAUACAUAAAACGUUUUGUUUUAUUUUUCAAUAAUAAUAACAAUAAAUUAAAUAAGUGAACAUUAAUUGUAUGUAGUCUUGUAAGGGGAAAAAAACUGAAAAAAUACAGAACAAAACUUUAAAGAAACAAAAGUUUUAAAAAAACUUUUACUUGAAAAAAAAAAAAAAAAAUUAUGAUAAAUAGAAACCUAAAAGUAUGCUGUAAAUAAUAACGGUAAUAAAAAUUACUCAAUGUAUAUUUAAACACAGUAAUAUGGAUGGUCUUAUUUUUUUUUAAUUUUGGUUACAAAUCUUACACAGUAAAUUUAUUUAAUAAUUUUUUUGUUAUAAUUUAUUAGUAAAUUAUUUUUAAAGAAUAUUAAUUUUAAAGAAAAGGAAUAAAUGGCUACAUUCGCCUUGAUAUUCAAAUAUACUCUUUGGAUUUGAAAUGUUCUUCAUUAUUUCUAAAAAAAAUUUCACUUGUUCAGUAAUAUACAUACAUAUGCACACAUUGUAAACGAAUAUAAACCACUUUGAGCUUUUUGAUGAAACCUGCUGCUCGCAAUAUUUGAUUUGAUUUUGAUUUUUGCAAAGUCCUGUUGUGUUCAGCAACAAUCUUCAAAUGCUAAUGCCUCCUGGUCUGGCCUGGUCUUUGUCUUCCGUGUUAAAAACUAAACUUCUCUUUAUCAACUUCUGCCGAAUUUUAGCAUUAUACAAGUGUAUAAGAGAAUCAUAGUUGUUCAAGUCAUUUACUGCAAUGGGGACUUUGUAUUGGGAUGAGGUGAGGCCCGAUCGUUACGAAAAUCGGCAGCGUCAUCAACUUGUUUAAAAGAUUGUUGUGCGGAUUUAUUGAUAAUUUUAAGUCUAAAAGUGCUUUUCGAUGUUGUGUACAGGGAGUUUGUCCCUAAAAAAAUAAAUAUUUAAGACAAAUUUCAUCAAAUUAUGUUAAAUAUUGAGACUGUUUACAAGGACAUACAGACGGACAUAGUUAAAUCGACUCAAAAAGUAAUUCUGAACCGAUUUAUAUGCAUUAUGGUGGGUGUAGGACCAACAUUUUAGUGCGAUAAUCGAUCAAUUAUACUUUUCAAUUCCCUCUGAGUAGCUUACUGAUAUUCAACUCAUCUGCUCUUCUGUCUAAAUUACGUGUCCUUUAUUUUAGUAUUCCUGUUCUGUACAUCGUCCGUCAUUCCGUGUGUAACACCUAGACAUAUUCAUCUGACAUCCAACAUAGGUAUAUUCUGGUUCCGUCUGUCUGUCCAACUGUCUAAACCACGCUCACUUUAAAACUAAGUAAAGGAAGUCUUCCAAAUUCCAAAAAUAUUGAUAUUGAAAAUCAGCAAAAUCGGUCAACUUUCGGAAAUCACUUAAAUGGUCAUAAAUAAUCCAAUAUAAAUCUAAUAUAAUCUCAUUGGUCCCAUAUACGGUAAAUGGACAUAACUAAUUAAAAAACACGGGCCUAUCCUUACAAAUUUUGCUAAAGGAAUUUAAGUCCACAUUAAAGUUAUUUAUUCAGAAUUUCAUCGUGUUAUUGGUGUUAACAAGUGAAUUUUGACCUUCAAGUCAAAUUAUGAAAAUAAGUUUAUAUUCGGGGCUAGGGUCUGAUCAUUUCGAAAAUUGGCAGUAUUAUUUAGACUUUUAAAAACCAAAGUGGCGAAAUAAUGAUCCGAUUUUAACCAUUUUCAGUAAGCUCUGUUCUUGGGUCAAAAGAAGAGUAUGUACCAAAUUUCAUCAAAUUAUCUUGGAAAUUGCGUCAUGUAGCGUGAGCAUAAGAUUUACAUGGACACUCACACAGACCGAAGGACACAAAGACAGACAGACAUAGAAAGUGUUCCUGAGGGUUAUAUAAGGGUAAGGGUAGAUAUGGACCUAUGCUUAUAAAUUUGGCUACAUGAAUUUACCUCCACAUUAAAGUUAUUUAGGUAUGCAGAAUUUCAUCGUAUUAUUAGUAUUUAUAAGUGAAUUUUGACCUUCAAGUCAAUUUAUGAAAAGGAGUUUUUAUUCAGGACUAGGAUCUGAUCAUUACGAAAAUCGACUGUAUCAUUUUGACUUUUAUAAAACAAAGUUUUUCCGAUUCUUGUUGAGAUACUAGAACAUUUAACAUAAUUAUAAGCUCAAAAGCCGUAUUCCGGGAGUACGAUUGCAUGGGGGCUAGACGAAAUAAUGGAUCGAUUUUAACCAUUUUCAAUAGGCUUUGUUCCUGGAUAUGAAGAAUAUGUACCAAAUUUCAUCAAAUUAUCUUGGAAAUUGCGUCCUAUAGCGUGAGCACAAGGUUUACAUGGACAGACGGACAUAGAAAGAGAUUCUGAGCCGAUUGGUGUUCAUUAAGGUAGGUGUAAGACCAAUAUUUUUGGGUGUUACAAACAUCAGCAAAAACUCAUAAUACUCUCCCCAUUAUAGUUGUGUAGGAUAUAAUAAAGACAUAGAAAUAAAAAUCGACUUAAAUAUGUUCUAUGCAUAUAUGUAUGUAUCACUAUAUGAAAAUAAAGAGUUAUUCUAGUGUAAAAUGUUCAAUAAAAGUGGCAAAAUUUUAAUAAUUUCAAAUUAUUAAAGUUCUACGGUACACUGUGCAUUAGUUGAGUUAUAAAAUAUUUACCAGGAAACUUAUAUUUUAUUUUAAAUUUCUUAAAUUGUAAUCAUUAUUAUCUUUAUACGUUGUAAUUACAAGUACUUUAUUAUGCACAAAAAAAAUAUAUGUAUUUUGAUUACCCUCAUUAUUAUUUGACUUGAAGAGUAAAAAAUCCUUACACUUUUCUAAAGAAAUAUACAUCACAAAAAACAUAAAACACAAAAACAUCAUCAGGUAUUAAAUACCUUUAAAUAUAAAAGAAGAAAAGAAAAACCAACCACUAACGUUAGUGAUAAUUAAGUCAGUAUAAAAAAGCCAUUCAAGAAAAUUAAUAAAAAAUAAAGAAAAAUGCAUAAAAUACUACUAGAGAAAAAAUAUAAAAAGAAUUAUUACAAAAAUGUAGUAUUUAUAUGAACAGCAAAGAACAAGAGAAAAAAAUAUGAAAAUACUUUUUUCACUACAUAUUUUCAAAUAUUAUAUUUCAUAGAAAAGUUGUAAAUAUUACACAGGUGUUUUCAAUUGCCUUUCUCAAUAGUUUAUUUGAAUCUUUUAUAACGUAUUGUUUUACUUAUAUUUUAUUGAAAAGAAAUGAAAAAUAUGAAGUAGGUAUUAUAUUUUUCUUAUGAAAAAUAUAUUUCCUUUACUUUUUUAUUUUAUUAUUUAAACAAUUAUGUGACAAUAUAUCAAAAGACUUCUUGAGAAACACUUUAGCUAUCUGACACUUCAAGUACACUGGCGCAGACAACUAAUAUCAAGUGAAUUGAUAAAGAGCAGAUACUAUAAAAUAUUUGUACAUUUUCUUUUUUCUCUUUUCAAUUUUAAAUGAUUUAUUUUGGUGUGUGUUUUUUCAAGUUUAAUAUUUUCUU